AUGGGUCGGAAGAAGACUAGUGCUCGAGGUGGUGAUGAUGAGCAGCAGCCCGCUGCGUCAUCUCUCGUUGGUGUUGCUAAAUCUAAGAAGAAAUCCGUUCAAAUUGAUGACGAUGAGUAUUCCAUAGGUACAGAGCUCUCCGAGGAGCCCAAAGCUGAUGAAGACAAGGUGGUUAUCACUGGGAAGAAGAAGGGUAAGAAAGGUAAUAAGAAGGGUACGCAGCAGGAUGAUGAUGAUGGUGAUUUUGCUGUGGAGGAAGACGACGUUCCAGAGAUUGCUUUUGUAGGGAAGAAGAAGUCCAAAGCUAAGAAAGGCGGGGCUGUUAGCUUUGCGUUGCUUGAUGACGAAGCUGAUAAGGAGGAGGCGGAUGAUAAUGAAUCUGAUGGUGACAAAGAGGAUGAGCCAGUCAUAAGUCUUACUGGUAAGAAGCAUGCAUCCAAGAAGGGUAAAAAAGGCGGCAAUUCGUUUGCGGCUUCAGCUUUUGAUGCACUUGGUGGUGAUGAUAAUGAUGACGACGAGGAAGUUAACAACGGGGAUGAGGAAGAAGUGUCUCCAAUCACCUUCUCUGGUAAGAAAAAGAAGUCCUCCAAAUCUUCGAAGAAGAGCACUAAUUUAUUUAGCGCUGCUUUGCUUGAUGAGGAAGAAGAGACAGAUGCUUCAACCUCUAGACCCGACGAAAAUGCUCUUGAAGAUGAAGAGAGCACCGAAAUCACGUUUUCGGGUAAGAAGAAAUCUUCUAAAAAGAAGGGCAGCAGUGUUUUGGCCUCAUUAGGUGAUGACUCAGUGCUAGGAAAAGAAGUUGCUGAUGAGACUAGUAAAACUACGACUUCUGAUACUAAGAGUGUGGAGGUUGUAGAACCUGCCAAGAGUAAGAAAAAGAAGAAGAAUAAUAAGAGUGGAAGGACAGUACAGGAAGAGGAUGAUUUGGACAAACUUCUUGCAGAACUUGGAGAAACCCCUGCUGCUGGAAAACCUGCUUCAUCGCCGCCCGAAGAAGAGAAAGUUCAAGCUCAGCCUGACACAGUUGCACCUGUAGAAGAUGCUGGUGAAAAGGAAGGAGAAGAAGACACUGUUGAGACUGCUGCAGCGAAGAAAAGGAAAAAGAAGAAGGAGAAAGAGAAGGAGAAAAAAGCAGCUGCUGCUGCAGCAACCUCUUCUGUGGAGGCUAAGGAGGAAAAACAAGAAGAAUCAGUAGCUGAACCACUACAGCCGAAGAAAAAGGAUGCAAAGGCUAAAGCAGCAGAGAAGAAAGUUCCUAAACAUGUUAAAGAGAUGCAAGAGGCUCUUGCACGGCGGCAAGAAGCCGAAGAGAGAAAGAAGAAGGAAGAGGAAGAGAAAUUGAGAAAGGAGGAAGAGGAGCGCCUUAGGCAGGAAGAGCUUGAGAAGCAAGCGGAGGAGGCUAAGCGUAAGAAAAAGGAAAAGGAAAAGGAGAAACUGCUGAGGAAGAAGCUAGAGGGCAAGCUUCUAACAGCAAAGCAAAAGGCUGAAGCUCUUAAGAGGGAGGUUUAUAAGAACCAGUUGAUGGCUGCUGGUGGAGGUCUCCCUGUUGCAGAUGAGGGUGAGCCCUCUUCAAAGCGUCCCAUUUAUGCCAACAAGAAAAAAUCAGCUCGCCAAAAAGUCAAUGACUCUGCUUCUGGUCAAGCGGAAGAGGAGGAUCAUGCAGAAGAAGCAGAUACUUUACGUGAAGUGGGUUCAAGAGACACUGAAAAGGUUGAUUUAAUAGAGCCUGCAGACACAGAUGAGAAAUCAGGACCUGCUGAUGUAGCUCAGGAGAAUGGAGUUGAGGAAGAUGAUGAAGAUGAAGAGUGGGAUGCAAAAAGCUGGGAUGAUGUUAAUGUUACCUUUAAAGGCGAUUUUGAUGAUGAGGAGGAAGAGCCUCAGCUUAUAGUUAAGAAAGAAAUAAAGGACGUCGAAUCAAAGACACAUGAUUCAGACCCUGAAGCUGGAAAACCAACAUCUAAAGCAGCAGGUGCAGCCAACCCAACAGCACCUGACACUAAAACUUUGCCUGAAGUAGAAGAUGCUACACGUACAAAACGUGCUAACCGGGCAAAAGAUGCGUCUAAAAAGGGUAAAGGCUUAGCUCCGAGUGAACCUAAAGAGGGUGAAGAAAAUCUCCGCUCUCCCAUUUGCUGCAUCAUGGGUCAUGUCGAUACUGGUAAAACAAAGCUGUUGGAUUGCAUCAGAGGAACAAAUGUACAGGAAGGCGAGGCUGGGGGUAUAACUCAGCAGAUUGGUGCAACAUAUUUCCCGGCGGAAAAUAUCCGAGAGAGAACCAGGGAACUAAAAGCCGAUGCCAUACUUAAAGUGCCAGGUCUAUUGGUUAUUGAUACACCUGGCCACGAGUCCUUCACUAAUCUGCGGUCAAGGGGUUCAAGUUUGUGUGACCUUGCAAUUUUGGUGGUUGACAUAAUGCAUGGGUUAGAGCCACAAACCAUUGAAUCUCUAAAUCUUUUAAGAAUGAGGGACACGGAGUUCAUUGUUGCAUUGAAUAAGGUGGAUAGGCUAUAUGGUUGGAAAACAUGCAAGAAUGCUCCUAUCGUGAAGGCAAUGAAACAGCAAACUAAGGAUGUUAAAAACGAAUUUGAGAGGAGGCUCACUGAGAUUAUAACUGAGUUCAAGAUGCAAGGUCUCAACACUGAGCUUUACUACAAGAAUAAAGAAAUGGGGGAAACUUACAGUAUUGUUCCUACUAGUGCUAUUAGUGGAGAAGGGAUCCCAGAUCUUUUGCUGUUGUUGGUUAACUGGGCUCAGAAAACAAUGGUUGAGAAACUUACAUAUGUUGACGACGUGCAGUGUACCGUCUUGGAGGUCAAAGUUAUUGAAGGCCAUGGAACAACGAUUGAUGUUGUGCUGGUAAACGGUGUACUUCAUGAAGGUGAUCAAAUCGUCGUUUGUGGGUUACAGGCAAUAAUGUUAUUUCUUUUUCUCCUAUUUCAGGGACCUAUAGUCACAACGAUUAGAGCAUUACUGACUCCUCAUCCAAUGAAGGAGUUACGGGUGAAGGGUACUUAUGUGCAUCAUAAAGAAAUAAAGGCUGCACAGGGUAUUAAAAUUACUGCCCAGGGCCUUGAACACGCUAUCGCUGGCACUGCGUUGCACGUGAUUGGACCGGAUGAUGACAUCGAGGCAAUUAAGGAUCAGGCGAUGGAAGACAUGGAGUCAAUUGGAACUCCCAUUUGCGUCCCAAGCAGAGAGUUCAUCGAUAUUGGCCGUAUUGCUUCUAUUGAGAACAACCACAAGCCUGUUGACUAUGCAAAGAAGGGCACCCAGGUGGCGAUUAAGAUUAUUGCUUCAAAUCCUGAAGAACAGAAAAUGUUUGGGAGGCACUUUGACAUGGAAGAUGAGCUUGUGAGUCACAUUUCGAGGAAAUCUAUCGACAUUCUCAAAACUGACUACCGGGAUGAAUUGUCCAUGGAUGAAUGGAAGCUAGUUGUGAAACUGAAGAACAUCUUCAAGAUACAGUAG